CCAACGGCGUAAUGUAAAUAGAAUUUUGUCAACAGAACAGCAAGAUAAUCCUUUUUUUUUGUGAUAUGACGAAAAAAGUAAAGUGUCUUCAAUUGUGUGAUAUGUUUAUGCUAAUUAUUAUCAGUUCAUUAGUGCGAUUACGCUCAAAACAGAACAAUUUUGAAGUGUUUUCUUUAGUUUCAUAACUGAAAAGUUUGUUUGUUCUUGCCCGACUAUGAUGAGUAUUUUCCAACGUAUUUGUGGAACAUGUGCUUUUAAUUAUUGUUUUCUAUUACAUAACUGAAAUUUAAAGUGGUACUGCUAUGGACAAUAUUUUAGAUGCACAUUACUUUUUAUUGCCAAGUCAAGGGAAUAUUUACACACUCUCCAAGAUAACACAAACAAAUGGUGUAAAUAAAGUACUGUUUUCGUCUCUCAAAAGAAAACUUUUCUUGCUGGAAUAUCAUGAUCAUUUGGACGGUUGUCUAAAACCUGUCAUAAAAGAAAUUUUAUUUACGUAUAUACCAAAUGGUGCCGAGAUAAUAUCUUUAGAUGUCUUCAACAAAUCUACUGUCUGUGAUGAUUUUUUUAUAGGAAUUACCAUUAUCAAGCCAAACCCCGACCACAAUAAUGAAACAUAUUUGAAUAUAUAUUCGGAACAAGACUUGGAUGUGAACCCAGAACUGAACAUUGAAAGCAUUGCACAAAAUUGCCUUUCAAUCGAUUUAAACUUUGUACCAUAUCAACUUUACCAUACACAAAUUCUUCGACAGUUUGACGAUGCGGAGCCCAGGAGAGAGACCAAUUCUUUCAUUUAUUAUAAUAUAGAUUAUCAAUUUUAUUCCAGGAGAAUCACAGCAUUCGGCUGUGAAUGUGGCCAUAUGCAGAUAAGUGUGGUUGACACAGUUCAAAGCACAAUACUUUCCUCCCACGUCACUCAGUUCGAAGGCUCAGUGUCCAGGGUUCAGCUGUUCAACCUCUGCAAUUAUGUCAACUUACCAGCGUUGGAUUUGAUCUCAGAUAAACAUAGAAAACAGGAGACCAAAGAUGAAAUGGCAAUUAAUGUAGUGGUUACCAGCACACUCCAGCUCUCUGCAGUGUUCAUGGAUAUUGUGAACCAGGGACUGAAUGUUCGAUGCAAUCUGGAAGGCAGUGAUAAGUAUGACUCAGUACUGUGCUCAUGUCUGGCAGAUGUGGAUAUGGACGGAGAGGUCGAAAUCAUUAUUGGAACUUAUGCUCAGGAAUUAUUAAUGUACAAAUACGAGGCCGAUAAGUGGGAGCUAAAAAGCAGGAGAAGUCUGGAGCUUCCUAUCCAGUCACUUCUGUAUGUGGACGUGACAGGUGAUGGCAUGAGAGAGCUUAUAGUGUUGACACUUGGAGGGCUCCAUGUAAUGCAGCAUAAUCAGGAUCUAGUCUAUGACAAGUUACAAAAUCGGCUCAAACAACUAUUCAAAAAUGAGGAGCUGCCAACCGUUGAAAAAGAAAAAGACUUGAUUGAGAAGACUGAGGAUGAGCGAACCGAUGAGAGUGAGACAGAUGAUGCAAAUGUCUCAGAAUACAAUCAUCCUAUCUUCGUCACCGGAAAUUAAAACUAACGCCUGAAAUCCUAACAAAAGUCACGAGUCCCACUGUUUAAUGUAAGGAAAUAUUUUAUAUUCCAAGAGAUAUUUAGUGUGUAGAUCAUAUUUUAUUAUUUGUGUACUCAUUAACUAUUUUUAUGCUGAUCAUUUGUUGAAAAUAAAACUGUAACCGAA